AUGCGACUACGUGCACGCCAAGAAGGUCGCUUUCCCUCCACGACGUCCUUUGAGACAGAUGGAGAGCGACGGCGGAGCUACGCCCGGGCAAGGGACGAGGCCCAUGCUGCCUUGCAAGAUCAUUCUUCGCGAACUACAGCGAGCGUGAGCAUCAGUCGCCAUAUGAAUAGCACCAACACCACCGAGCAGUCGUCGCGGGACAGGACUUCGAGGUCGAGCAAGAGCGGAGAGCCACAGCAUCGCGUAUACCUCAUCAACUGCAAGAGCUGUGGAAGUUUUCUUACCGACCGAGGCAUGAAAGCUGUGCUCCUGCUCAAGCCCCAUAUCACCCUCUACUCAACCGAUGCCGUGCCCAAUUGCGGUACCCUUUGCCCUCCCUCGCGCUUUUCGGACGGCACAGCCUCAGCAAACGAACCCGCAGUCGAGCGCACCUGCGACUGCCUGACACAGACACUGGGCUGUUAUGGGUGCGGUGCCGCUGUUGGCUACCACAUCGUGGCGCCUUGCGAACGGUGCACAAGCAGCGUAGCGAAACACCAGCGAAGUUCAAACGGCCACCGCACCGUCCUUCACUGCGCCGAGAUUGCCGUCCGAGAGCGUCGUUACGUGCCCGGUGAACCUGGUGUCCGUGUGGCGCCAUUUACCUGGGCCCCAGCUCCUCCCAGUACCGCCGACCGGCAUACUCCAACUGACAUCACCAGCACGCCCGUCUGGCGGCCGCCACUGGCUCAGCAUGCUUUCAGUCACAAUCGCUUCCUAUCCAACAACCGAAGCUUUGACUCUGGCGGAGAAGCCUUUACCAGCACCAGACCGCCCUCUUCGGACGCAUACAUGCGCGACUAUGGCGAGGAAGAGGAAGAUGACGAUGACGAUGACGAGCUUGAGGACUGCGAUGCAGAAAAGCCCGAGUCGUCAACAAUGCAGGCCGCAGCCGCAGCCGCAUCGGCUGCAGCAAAGGAAGCGCGACACCUCAAACGGGGCGACGUCGUCUACUGGUCCGAUCUCGUCUCAGGAGGCGAGCGUUGCGAACCAAUUGAUUCCGACGAGUACCUUGACAUGCCCGUUGCCGGUCGUUGA